UUAAAAAUGUAUACAAACAAACAUCAAAGCCACGAAAUAUAACACUAACUAACAUUCAUCAAUUUCAUAGUACAAUGAAGCACGUUCUUCAAGUCCUUUUCUUUAUUUUUCACUUAGUGCCUUCCCACAACUUGUAUUAUUCUUUCCAUCUUCCUUACUCUAUACACCCCUCAAUUAUCCAACCCAACAUAAAACAUAUCAAAAAAAUUUCCUUAUAAUUUUUUUUGGCUUUGUAGUUCCUUAGAUUUCUCCAUGAGUACCACCACGGCCACGGCCACGACCACGACAACGACCACGAUUAAGGCCAUGUGACACCUUAAAUGUGCUAGCAUUAUACCAUAUGUUGUUUAUCUCAUCAAUCUAACACCAUGAUAUCUUCAUUAUUCGUCGUCAUUUUCUCUUUCCUCCUCCUCAUUGGUUCUAUACCCACCACUAUUUACGCGCAAGCCCCUCUUGAAGCGCCUUCUCCUUCAUCCGAUGACACGUCUCCUGCUCCUAAAACACCAAAAUACGCGCCUAGGGAUAAACUCCUAAUCGCCUGCGGGGCACAAGAGGACGUGGAUCUCCCCGAUGGACGAACGUUCAAGUCAGAUCCAUCGACGGUUAGCAAUCUAAGUAGCGACGAGGAUGUUAAAGUUAGUGUCGAUACACUUCCAUCACCACUUAAAGACGGCGUUCCUUCGUCUAAACUACCUCCACCUCCGCCUCUACCUCUAUACAAAUCCGCUAGGAUUUUCCCUAGUGCAUCCUCCUACAAAUUCCCUAUCUCUCAACAAGGCUUUCAUCUCAUCCGCCUUUACUUCUUCCCUCUCCCUCACCCUUCCUACAACCUCUCCAACGCCGUUUUUCGAGUCACAACCGAAAACUUCGUCCUCCUACAUGACUUCACUGUCCAUUACCCUUCCCCCAUCUUCAAAGAAUACAUCCUCAACCUAACUUCAGACACACUCACCCUAAAAUUCUCCCCUAAGAAAAACUCCUUCGCCUUCAUCAACGCCAUCGAGGUCAUCUCCGUCCCCGACGACCUCAUCUCAGACACCGCCUCCCCAGUCCCACCCGUUGGGAACAUCGAGGGAGUGGCCAAACACGCCUUCGAAGUGGCCCUCCGACUAAACGUCGGUGGGCCACUCGUGUCACCGAAAAACGACACACUAUGGAGAACAUGGCAUCCAGAUGAAAAGUUCAACACAUUCCCUCAAGGAUCAAAAGAUGCUAAAAUUGACCCAAGCAAGGUUAAGUACCCGGAAGGCGGUGCAACGAUGUACAUUGCGCCGCCUUGGGUGUACGCAACCGCGGCCGAGAUGGAGAAUGCGGAGACUAUCGAGGCCAACUUCAACCUUACAUGGAAGAUGCCGGUUGACUCGUCAUAUGACUAUCUCGUUAGACUACAUUUUUGUGACAUUGUGAGUGUAGCAAUGAAUGACUUGUACUUCAAUGUUUAUGUCAAUGGAAUGAUGGGUGUUGCUAAUCUUGAUUUGUCUACCCAAACUAUGGCUCUAUCGACCGCCUAUUACAGGGAUUUUGUGAUCAACUCCACAACAAUUGCAAACGGAUUGAUUGUGAUCCAGGUGGGUUCGGGCUCGGACGGGUCAGGCGAUCCCAACGCAAUCCUCAACGGGGUGGAGGUGAUCAAGAUGAGCAACUCCGCGGGCAGCCUAAGUGGGUUGUUCGAUGUGGAGGGGAACUACAUGGGGGCAGCCUCGGGUUCUAAAACUAUGAAGGUGUUAGCCGUGGUAGGACUAGUAAUGGGAAUAGUGGCCUUACUACUAGUUGUAGUCAUGUUUGUAAGGUGGCAUAAACGUCCCCUAAAUUGCCAAAGGAAUAACAGUUUCUCCUCUUGGCUUCUUCCUUUAACCACUAGUCAUAGUAGCUUCCUUUCUAGCAAAACAACCUCGAUCACAACCUCGAGGAAAAGCUCGAUGUUUGGGUCUCGAAAGAGUGGUAUGUUUGCCUCGACAAACCAAGGGGUUGGUAAAUUCUUUAGCUUCAAUGAGUUGCAAGAUGCUUGUAACAAUUUUGAUGAGAACGCGGUGAUUGGAGUUGGCGGAUUUGGAAAAGUGUACAAGGGUCAAUUAGACGAUGGCACGAAGGUGGCCAUCAAGAGAGGUAAUCCGCAAUCAGAGCAAGGUAUAAAUGAGUUUCAAACCGAGAUUCAGAUGCUCUCACAGCUUAGACACCGGCAUCUUGUAUCUCUUAUUGGAUAUUGUGAUGAGAAUUCGGAGAUGUGUCUCGUGUACGAGUUCAUGUCGAAUGGUGUCCUUCGAGAGCACCUAUAUGGGUCUAAGCUCAAUGCACCCAUGCCGUGGAAGCAGAGGCUUGAGAUAUGUAUUGGUUCUGCUCGCGGUCUUCAUUACCUACACACGGGUGCAGCACAUUGUAUUAUCCAUCGAGAUGUCAAGACGACUAACAUUCUAUUAGACGAGAACUUUGUGGCCAAAGUUAGCGACUUUGGGCUAUCCAAAGCCGCGUGCCUCAUGGAGCAAACCCAUGUGAGUACCGCGGUAAAGGGUAGCUUUGGUUACCUAGAUCCAGAGUACUUUCGAAGACAACAACUAACUGAGAAGUCCGAUGUCUACUCAUUUGGAGUAGUCCUCCUAGAGGUCCUGACUGCAAGGCCGGCUAUAAACCCGGCCUUGCCAAGGGACCAGGUGAACUUGGCUGAAUGGGCAAUGUCGAACUAUAGAAAAGGACUUCUUGAAAAGAUUGUAGAUCCGAAUUUGCAAGGAACAAUAUCCUCUGCCUCCUUGAAGAAGUAUGUCGAAGCAGCUGAGAAAUGCUUGGCCGAGUACGGUGUGGAAAGGCCUUCGAUGGGAGAUGUGUUGUGGAACUUGGAGUAUGCAUUGCAACUCCAAGAGGCAAGCUCAAAGACCGAAGCAGCCGAGGAUAAGAGCUCGUUGUUGAUCCCCUUAGAGACGGCUCCAAUUAUGGGUGUAGAUGGAGUAGAAAGUAGUAGUGCUCCUACUAGUGAUGAUCAUACUGAAGUUGGUGCUUCUGCCUUCUCUCAAAUUGCCAACUUUCAAGGGAGGUAAGGUAAAUCAUCGCGUUAAAAAUACACAAGAACUUUACUACCUCCGCUAAUUGUUAGUUACAACAAAGGGGUAUUAUUUUCCACAGAUAAAACGUUCCUUUCUUGCAAUUCAAAAUUAACGAAGGUGUAUAUUGGGUGGUUGGAUUCGAAGCAUCAAGGUUGAAAAUUUGGUACAAAGUAAUUUUAUUUUCAUACUGUCUAGCGGGAACCUCUUGAAUUCGUCUGUUCUUUGAUUUGGGGUUCUUUAUACUUAAUUUUAUGUAACAUGACUAUUGAUUUUUUAUCAAAAUUUCCUAGCCAUAAUUACUUACUUUUUUCUUACAAUUUUUUUUUUUAAUCAUACGGAGUACAAGGUUUGUACAAUUAUGUAUUUAUAGCUUGGUUUUGGGAAGUGUAACGGCUUCUAGUUCAAUAAAUCUAAUACAUAUACUUCGUUUUAAUGUAGAAGUAUAGUAUCUAAUUUAUUAACUCGCCUCCAUAAUUUGGAAUGGAAGAAU